AUGGAGAGAGGGGAAAACGGUGGCCUGAAGGGCCCUGUGCAAGUGACUGCCAUCCAGGGGGAUGUGACCCAGGCCCACGAGGUAGCAGCAGCUGUAACUGGAGCCCAUGUGGUCAUCCACACGGCUGGGCUGGUGGACGUGUUUGGAAGGGCCAGUCCCAAGACCAUCUAUGAGGUCAACGUGCAGGGCACGCAGAAUGUGAUCGAGGCUUGCGUGCAGGCUGGAACACGGCUCCUAGUCUACACGAGCAGCAUGGAAGUUGUAGGGCCUAACACCAAAGGCCACCCCUUCUACAGGGGGAAUGAGGACACCCCGUAUGAAGCCGUCCACAAGCACCCUUAUCCCUGCAGCAAGGCCCUGGCUGAGCGACUGGUCCUCGAGGCCAAUGGAAAGAAGGUCCGUGGGGGGCUGCCCCUGGUGACAUGUGCCCUGCGUCCCACGGGCAUCUACGGUGAAGGCCACCAGAUCAUGAGAGACUUCUACCGCCAGGGCCUGCGCCUGGGAGGUCGGCUCUUCCGAGCCAUUCCAGCCUCCGUGGAGCACGGCAGGGUCUAUGUGGGUAACGUGGCCUGGAUGCACGUGCUGGUGGCCCGGGAACUAGAGCAGCGUGCAGCACUCAUGGGCGGCCAGGUGUACUUCUGCUAUGACAGAUCACCCUACAAGAGCUACGAGGACUUCAACAUGGAGUUCCUGGGCCCCUGCGGACUGCGGCUGGUGGGCGCCCGCCCGCUGUUGCCCUACUGGCUGCUGGUACUCCUGGCCACCCUCAAUGCCCUGCUGCAAUGGCUGCUGCGGCCGCUGCUGGUCUACGCACCCCUGCUGAAUCCCUACACGCUGGCUGUGGCUAACACCACCUUCACCGUCAGCACCGACAAGGCUCAGCGCCAUUUCGGCUACGAACCCCUGUUCUCGUGGGAGGACAGCCGGACCCGUACCAUUCUCUGGGUGCAGGCCUCGGAGGGCUCAGCCCGGUGAUGGCAGGGCCAGGGCCUGGAGGCCCAUCACGGAACCUCCAUCCGGGUCCCAAGCCCUCAACCCUGGACUGGGAGGGGUGGCUGCGUCCAAGAGCUGGAGGCAGGGCUCCGGUGGCAGGCUGGCGGUCCCAGAGCCCUCCACAUUUUAAAUCCACAUGCCUUGACUCUGUGUCCUGACACCUCUGGGUCCUAGGGCUGAGUCUGAGGACCAGAGCAUCUUCACUCUCACCCCAGGCCUGAUGGCUGGCUGGUGAGGGGCGAAUCCCGAUGCCCUCCCUCCCCACCCUACUUCGGGCUUUUUGAGCAGGAAGCGGGUGGAGGUGCCAGAGGCCUCACGCUGGUCUUCUGACGUCCGGCACGGUCUGCAGGCCCAGGUUCAGAGUGAAGAGGCUCCUCUGGCUCCUCCCACUGCCUUGAUCCUCUUUGGUCCCAUGAUUUUUGGACAUCUACCUGUGAAUUCCCCUCGGGGGAGCUGAGGAAAUCAGUGCACUUUCACUUCCUCUUGCCUCUCCACCCAAAUUCUGCAAUACAGAAUGGCAAGCUCCUGCAAUAUCGUUAGCUGUCUGAGGAUGCCCCAGGAACGUUGUGCCUGGCCAAGCCCUGGAAUAAAAUCCUUAUCUAA